AAGAAGCAGUCACCAGCUACUUUCUAUUCUUACUGAAUUGACUGAAUGAUAGGAAAAGUAAAAUAAGAAAUGAAGAGGAAUAUGUAAAGAAAAAAUAACACCAACCUAAAGAGUAAAUAUCUAUCUCCUGGAUAAUGUGCCCAAUAAAACUUAUUACUAAUACUUGAAGCUUUCAGAGCUAGCCCUCACGUAGCAUCAAUCAAUAGAGUAUAAUGGUGGUAGGGGUCCAUGUGGGUGAUUAACAUACAACAGGCUGGUUCCCUGCACUCACAGGUGAUGCUGCCAGUGAACUCCACGCAGUGAAAGAAACAGUGGCCUAACUUCCACUCACAAGGAAAUUGGAAAAAUGAUAGAGUGUCCAUAUAUGAAAAAUAAUAAAAAAAAAAAAAUUGCAAAAUACAGGUGCUAGAACUACUUGCCUGUGAUAUUUAAGCACUAUUGGUAGCCUAAGUGUCUUACCAUGAGUGGAAUAAUCAUAGCACUGCUGUACAUCUUUAUGGGUGGUUUUGUGAUUCUAAUGAAUGUAUUAUCUGCUUUUCUCCUUAUAAAUAAAUUCCCAAGAUCUCUCCGGCCUCUUACAAUAUAUGAGACUAGUGACACAAUAAUGGCAGUUCUUUCAAGCCUUGGUCUAAUGUGUGAUGGUUGCCUUUACCUUAAUGGACAAGAUUAUUGCAGCUCCUGUGCCAGAUACUUUCUGAUCCAUAUUCUGCUGAUUUUUCCAGUGAUCAUCAGCCAUUUUUCAGUUUAUGGCAUAUGCAGUAGACAUAUUCAAGAUUCAAAUGAAAAGUUCUCUGGAAUGCAAGCCCUUCAACACACCAGCACCUUGAUAUGGACAGCAACAGCCUGGCUCAUAGCACUGAUAUUCACAAUGAUAUUAUGGAAUGGCACAGAAAAUUUUCUUGGCCCUAUGGCUCCCAACAUCACAUCUCUCACAGUGCAAAAUAAAACCCGUCAAGGCAGAGGAAUAGUGGAUAACCUCUGGCAAUAUAACAGCAAUGAGGACUGGUCAAGUGACUAUCGUGAAAGUGUUAUCAUUGGUCUCAUCUAUGGUAUUGUGCAAGGAAACAUUACACAUACAGAACUUCAGCAAUUUCAUGGCAUUUCCAAAAAUGAUGGAUUGAGAAAUAAGACCAAAAACAUAAUUCGAGACUUCCAUGAAAGUCUUGGUAUAUCAGAAGAAGAACACAAUAAGAUUUUUAACUAUGAAAAAAAUAACGUGGAGAAUAAAAAUAUCCCACCUGAAAACAUAAGCAGUGCUCAAAGUUUUGAUAAGAUACUAUCCAUCCCUUAUCCAACUAAGCACGAAAAUGAUACACAGAAAAUAGAAAAUCCAUUUCAUAAACUAUACAAUCAAGUGUAUUUAAGAGGCUCAACAACAAAUCCUCUGGUCGCUUUGCACAGAGACAACUCUGAAUCUGAACCUUCAAAUUUUGAAGAAAGAACAGAGGCAGAUGAAUUUACUACUAUUGAGCAAGUACUGAAUGAUACAUCUAGUUCAGCAGAAGAAAACGUAUCUCUGGCAUCAAUGUUUCAUGAAAAUAUGAAAGGAAAUUUAUCAAAAGCCAAUACAAGUAUUCUAUAUCACAAAUACUGUGAAUCCGACUCUACCAUCAAAAUAUGUGAAAUCCAGUUGCAGCCCAUCUUAUGGACAGUAAUGCUGGUGGUGGUGAUGAUGGUGGUGCCUAUCCUGGCUGGAGCUAGACUGGUGUUUGGUGUGGCCAUGAAUCAUUACUUCUGCCAGUCAUCAGUCACUGCACACUCACAAGCCUACUUCUCACUUCCCAGGAAAGUCAGAUAUAAGGUGAUAGUCUUAUUCAUCACAACCCUGGCUUGCUGGACUCCAGUUAUGAUUGAGCGUGUUCUGUAUGCCUGGCUGCAAGUGGAUCAGCUGUCCUCUGUGCCGACCUCUCUCCUGCUCUUCUUGCUUCUCCUUGGGCACAUGCAAAACCUCUUACGAGCAGUGUUCUAUAUUUCCCACCACCGAAAUGAGCAAGCAAGAGUGUCUGUCCUUUCCAACUCAGAGGAUUCCCUAAGCAGCCAGUCAAACACCCCAUCUCGUGCAAGAGUGACCUUUGUUGUAUCCUGAUAUGCUGCGACCAUGCAAGAAUGUCCUUAAAUGUAUCUUACUAUAGCAAUUUGCACAAGUGAUACCCUUUAACUUGUUUUGAAGUAUCAACUAUUAGUGCUUUGAUCUGCUCUUUGACAAACAAUCUGUCAACUGUGUAGCAAAAACUAUAAUCUCAUAAUCUAUAACAAAGGCUGUAUCUUUGGCUCCUGCUAUCACUUAUUUCAGACAAUCAAUUCACUAAUUUUUUUUCUCAUUAACAUAUUUCAACCUAUAUUUUUAAUUUGUCUGUCAGCACAGUACAUUAGUAUGAGCUCUCUUAAUAAGAUAAAGAAUUACCAAUUCCUGAUAAGCAUAUCUUAACUCAUCAAUAAAUCAUUUGUACUCCAGUAAACAUAUCCAUUCAUUCUCCAACUAGUUUAGCUUUUCAAUGCACCAAUUAUAUACCUAUACAUAUAUCUUGGUAUUUUUCAGUAUAGUUAAGCCAUUUCUUGCACUAUGAUUGAUCCUUGUAAUAAUUGUAAUGCUGCAACUCAUAAAAUACCAACCCUCAACACAGUUUCCUUGUCAUGCAUACUAUACCGUCAAAGAACCUAAACCAAUUAUAUAUCUGGUAAAUCUCAAAGCAGACAUAUAAAAUUUGCCAAAUCCACCUUCAGCAUUCAUCACUCUACAGCCUGUUAAUCUUGCUCUCAACAUAUUUCAAGAAAGUGGUGAUGGAAAUAUUGCUGGAAACAUCAGCAUUUCCCGACCAGAGAUACCACCUUUGCAAACAUUAAACUUAAUUACACAUCAAACAUAUCUUUGAUGAGUUUCAAUCUACAUUCUCUAGCCUGUCACUAUCACCAUAGACAGCUAAGAAAUUAUCAUAGAGUGGCUAGAUAUUAAUGUUUCCCAGUAAAUGAUGCUACCUUGGCACCAACAAAAAAAAGGUCAACAUUCAUAUCAGUGAUGCAGCGUGCCAGCAAGCAAGAUGCAGUGAUUUAAUUGACAAUACAACCAAUACAUUUUCAUGACAUAAGCCUAUUUUCAGUCAUUUAAUUCAACCUUUUUGGAGAAACAAAAAUUAAAUAAAGAACAAAUAAAUAAACAAAUAAGUAAAUAACAAUAAUAAUGUCAGCAUUUUUUUUUCUAACACAGUAGUAAUUUUGAAACUGAUAGGGAACAAAUAAUUAUUUUCUGUCAGAUUUAAAGAAAGCACUGACUAAAAACUGUAAGACAACAAGCAACAAUUCCCAGUCAUGUUUAAACAAACCAUUCACUUGAAACCGAUAGGCGAAGGGACAAUACCCAAUCAAUUUUAAACAAAGCACGAACAGAAAAUUGACAGGCAAGGAGCAACAGAUUAAUAUAAAC